AUGGCCACCGCCGCCUCACCCGCGCCUCCUCCUCCCCACCCAGUCCUCUCAAGUCCCAUCCUCUACCUCUCAGGCUUGCCGAGCUCCGUGGCAGACGAAGAGAUCGUCGAGGCCCUCAAGGACUGUUUGAGGCUCAGGCUGUUCCUGCAGCGGGACGAGCAGAAUCCCACCGUCCCUAUGAGCGGCAAGAUCGAGUUCGAGACGCUCGACAAAGCCGAACGAGCCUACGCGACAUGCAACAACCAGCGCCUCUCAUCCGGCCACAUCCUCCUCCUCUCCUUCUCCCCUCCCUCGUCUUCUUCCACCGAUCUCGAGCCGCAAGCAACCCCAAGGAUAAUCAAACACCUCGCCCGCCCAUUCACCGCCUCGCACCUCUUCUCCCUCUGCCGCCCCUUCGGUCCGAUCCACUCCGCAACACUCCUCCUCGCUCCCUCGCCCGCCGGCGGCCCACCAAGAUUCAAAGGCCAAGCACUAGUCACUUUCUAUGACGAACACCAUGCGGAGGAGAUGCAGAGAGGACUGCAUUUCACCGAGGUCGGGGGUCAGAGUGUUGCGGUGCAGGUUUGGGAUGCCAAGCGCGCUGCUGGUGGGCGUGGUCGGGCGUCGCUGGGCACGACACCCAGUCCGGGGUUGAGUCCGAAUGAAAAAGUUUCUCGUUGGGCGGCGACGCAGCAGGAGACGCCCUCGAAAUACUCAAGGUACGCUGGACUUGCCGCGACUGGACCGUCGACGCCGAGCACGAUGCCAAUGAGGAGGGACGUGUCGGGCGCGAGCUCUACGAUGUCGAGGUUGUCGAGUGAGGCGGGCGAGACGGUUCAGGGAGGAGGAGGAGGAGCGGGAGGAGCGGGACAGGCGGGGUCGGAUCCUCGCAACCUCUUCAUCAAGAACCUCGACCCAUGUCUUUCCGUCCCCGCCCUGACCGCCCUCUUCUCCCCCUUCGGCGCUCUAACCUCCACCACCAUCGCGCUCGACCCUCUCACCAACCGCUCAAAAGGCUUCGGAUUCGUCGCGUUUGAGAGGGCGGAGGAUGCGGAGCGUGCGUUGAGAGGGGUGGAUGGGAUGCAGGUGGGUGGGAGGAGGGUCACGGUUAGAGUGCAUGAGAAGAGGGAGGUGAGGAGGGAGAGGUUGGAGAGGGAGUUUGCGAGGAAGAAGAAGAAGGAGGAAGAGGGGGUGGAGGAGGUAAGGGAGGGAAUGGAGGGGUUGUCAACUGGCCCCACGACCCCGUCUUCGUCCCCUUCCCGCACAACCAAACCCGUCUCGCCACUCUCGCCUUCUGACGCGACUUCCACGCCUCCUCAACCUCAGCCUGCCGAGUCGAACGAGGAGAGCGAGCAUGACCGCCUCGCCGCAGCAGUCAGGGAGGUGCUCGGUCCAGACGUUCCGGCGGAGAAGCGCGGAGAGGUGAUAAAGCUCCUCGAAAGCCUCCCGAAGAAGGACCGCAAGAUGUGUCUGUUCAAUUCGGAGUUUUGUAGGCGGAAAGUCGAGGAUGCGUUGGGGAUCUUGGAAGCGGAGGACGAGGGAGAGGAGGAGAAGGUCGAGGCACCGACAGCGCCGCCGACCCAGCCCAUGUCGCUCUCCACCCUCGCCGCGCUCCCCUGCUCCCAAAUCCUCCCUCUCCUCCCCUCCCUCUCACCGCCGCUCCUCCCCUCCCCGUCCGACACGGCCCCCACAACCACCUUCAUGGACUCUCUCUCCGGAAAGCCCGUGAGCGAAGUCAAGCAAAGGUUGGGGGAGAAGGUGUUUAGGGUUGUGAAGGAGUGUGCGAGGGAGAGGGGGGUCAAGGGGGCUCCCCGAAUCACGAUCGACCUCCUCGACUCGGAACCCGACUUGCGCGCGUUGGCACUCAUCGCGUUACAUUACAGGCCGGUGGUGGCGGAGAAGGUGGUGCUCGUUGCGGCGAGGUUGGCGGAGGAGGGGCGGGGGAAGUAG